GAAAAGAGGACGUACGGGAGCGAGAAGGACGGGGAAGAUGCGUGCCCCGUUUUUCCGUGUGUGAGACGCGCAGGCGCAGCGCAGUGGAGGCAGGGAGGAUUGGGAGAGGAUCUGGUGCCCGCUCGUCGUGCUCGUGGUUGCUCUUUCUCUCUCUCGCUCUCGCUCGAUUCGAUCGCGACGUCCGGGGUAGCCACCGCAACAUUCCCUUUCUCUCUCGCCCCCAUCCACCCGGCCCGGCCACCCCCCGCUCGGCGCGAAAAUUCCCACGCCACGCGCGCCUCGAUUCCUUCUCUUCCCUCCCGGACUUUGCCCGCACCGUCGCUGCUGCCUGACCUUCUUCCUCCGCGUUCUUGGGCCGGAGGGAGCCGGGCGGCCUCCCCGGGUUGGCCUCCUGCGCCGGCCGUACCUCUUCCGAUCAGGAGGCGGGGGAGGGGGAGCCGGUUCAUGGAAUCUGGUGGGAUUUCACGUCAAGUCCGAGCAAUCGAGCAGGGAACAAGAUUAGAAAUUCCUAUACGAGAUUGAGAUUGCAAAUGUGGCGCCUGUUCAAUGAGUUGUGGGAUGUUCUAGGAUCCGGGUUUUUCUCAUCGAGGUUUCUUUAAUCCAGCUCUCUCCUUGACUCCCUCCACACCUCAUCCGUUUGCACUGGGAUCAUCUGUGUGUGUGGUCGCCGUGAGAUUACGAGGAGAUGGACGAGGAGGAUUACUCAUGGGUGCGGCGGACAAGGUUCUCCCACUCCGUCGUCCGGUCCAACUCCGGCAGGGAGCAGUUCGGUGCAUUCGUCGAGCAGUUCAACCGCGGCGCCGCGCGGAGGCAGAGAGGUCCCGAUUCAGGGUUCAUGCUCCAUGGCCUCAACUUGGAACCGAGGACGAGGCUCUCAGCGACCAGCUCGGUGAAUUCCUCCGUUCCAAAGCCGCCGGAGACGAGACCAUCUUCAUCCUCAAACUCCGUUCCAAAGACGACUGGAUCGUCGAAUGUCCAGCCGCCGGAGACGAAACCAUCUUCGUCGUCCUCAAACUCCAAACAGGAGCACCAAGAGAAGCGCGGUAAUCACCACCGGCUGCAAGAAGGGUCCACAAAGCAAGACAACAGGGCUGAAAAUGAGAAGGCAACCACACCUGGGCCUCAGUUCUCCUUCCAUCCUGAUGAGCAAACCUUGAUGUUGCAGAGGGCGUAUUCUAGCCCUGUUCCUUUCCCAAGCAAGAAGAAAAUGCCGGAUGCUGAUGCUGCAACACGUAGUUCUUCGCUGAAGGUCGCCGGCGAGGGGACGAAGCCGAAGAUGAAGCAGAGGGCAAGGUCCCCUCCCCCACGUCGUGACGUUCCUGAACUAUUCAGGGAGGCCAAAUCGUCAAGCAAGAGGUUUUCCACCCCGCCACCCCGCCGGAAACCUUCGUCUCCUCCGGCGCCGAGCAGGAGCCCUCCUCCUGCCUUCGCUUUGGUGAAAGCUCAUGGCAAGCCAAAACAUAAGAAGGAUAGUUUUGACAAUGGAAGGGCGAAGGUCGCUGCGCUGGAGGUGCUCGAGAAAUGGACCGUCGAUCGCUCGCAGUUGCUCAUUGGGCACAGGUUUGCGUCCGGGGCGCACAGCCGCUUGUUCCACGGAAUCUACAAGGAGCAGCCGGUCGCUGUGAAGUUUAUCAGGCAGCCUGAGGAUGAGGAAGAUGCAGAGCUGGCAGCGCAGCUUGAGAAGCAGUUCAACACGGAGGUCACCACACUUUCCCGCCUCCAUCAUCCUAAUGUCAUUAAGCUGAUCGGAGCAUGCAGUAGCCCACCUGUCUUUUGCGUCAUCACCGAGUUUCUUUCUGGGGGUUCUUUAAGAGCAUUUCUGCACAAGCAGGAGCACAAAUCUCUACCUUUAGAGAAGAUUAUUUCAAUUGGUCUGGAUAUUGCACGCGGUAUUGGAUACAUUCACUCACAAAGAGUUGUUCAUCGUGAUGUGAAACCAGACAACAUCAUAUUUGAUUCAGAAUUUUGUGCGAAGAUUGUUGAUUUUGGAAUAUCCUGUGAAGAAGCAGAGUGUGACCCUCUGGCAAAUGACACUGGGACUUUCAGAUGGAUGGCUCCGGAGAUGAUGAAGCACAAACCUUAUGGUCGAAAGGUUGACGUUUACAGCUUUGGCCUUAUCUUAUGGGAGAUGUUUACAGGGUCAGUACCUUAUGAAGACUUGAAUCCUUUCCAGGCUGCUUUUGCCGUUUUUGAUAAGAACGAGAGGCCAGUCAUCCCCAGUAGCUGCCCAGCGGCAUUACGACUUCUAAUUGAGCAAUGUUGGACCUCACAACCUGAUAAAAGGCCUGAAUUCUGGCAAAUAGUGCAAAUACUGGAGAAGUUUAAGGUGGUUCUUAGUAGAGAUGGGACGCUCGACAAUAUGCCAUGCUCAAACUUGCAGGGAACUCAUGAUCACAAGAAUUGGCUAGCUCACUGGGUCCAGAAGCUCAAACAUACCCAUCAUGAUCUCUCUGGACCUCCGCCACCAAAACUGCUGUAAUUAAUCCUCUCCCAUCCAAUCUAUGCUAAUCUGAUAGGCCACAGAAUGUAACUGCCAAAAUUUUGUGUUGAUAUAUAGGAAAAGUACAUUUGUUUGUCUUCAUGAUUUAUAACACAAUAAGCAUUUGUUUAGCUUGGCUGGUGACACGAUUUUUUUUCCUUUUUGUUUCGGUUGUUCUACGGUUUAAUGCAUGUGACAAAAGGUUUGUAUGC